UUGAAUCAUAUAUUAAAUCUGAUAUGUAAAAGACAUCCUUGGCUUCAUCGUGUUUUUUGUUUAAUACACGAAUUUUUAUACACGAGGGCGAAUUAGAUAGAAAGAAAAAUAUAAUAUUUAUUGAAAACGUAAUUAUACUCCGAUUAAAGUUUUCCUGCAACACCAAUAUAAGGGGUCUAUCCGAAAAAGAAGUUUUACGGUGUAAAGGUACAUACCAAGUUAUAAGUACAAGAGCUUUUUAUUGCGCUCUGUAAAAGUUAAAGUGUUUCAAUAUAAAUUAUAUUUUUAAUUUAAAAUAUAUACAUAGAUAUAUGUACUUUUUUAAUAUGAAAAUAUUUUAUUAAAGAGUGUUAUAUUAUUAAGAUUCCAACGAUAUAGCAUUAAAAUUUCCACAAAAUUAUUUUACGAAGAUCGAAAACGAAGGUUAGCGUAUAAGCAUAAACGUCAAAUUGAAACAUCAAAAACAAACACAGAUUUACCAAUAAUUCAAAGUUUUAAUACAUAAUUAUGAUUAUAUUAUGAAAUGUUUAUACAACUAAGAAAAAGUGAAAUUAUGAGUAAAUAUAAAUUUAUUUAGCCUUUAAUAAUUAGAAAAAAGCGUAAUAAACGACUACAAAAGUUAUUUACAAAAUAAAAGAGAAUUGUAUACGGGUACUUAUUUUGUACACCAGCUAGAUGGAUACUAAAUUUUGCUGACAUCAUAUUAGAAAAUCUGUAAAUAAUAUUUUUAAUUAAGUUUACUGUUUCGACUAAAUUUAAAUAAAAAAAUUUAUUUGAUGUAAAGUAUAAAAUAUGUAUGUAAGUAGUUCGGCACAAUAAAAAUUUUCAUAAAAAAAUUUAAUUGAAAAAACAUUUUAAUUACGUUAUGUAGUUGUAAAAUUAAUUCCUAAAGUAUUAACAAUAUCCAACAAAAAAGAAAUGGAGAAAUUAAAAAAACUUGAGUAUGUUCCAGAGAGUCAACGGCGUUAUCGUACAAAGGAUUUAAAUAAAAAACAAGCUCAAGAUUUCAAUUUUCGACGAUUAUGGCGACACGCAGAUAUAAACGAAAAAAUCACAGAUCACCGAGAGACUGAGAGAAAAAUUGCACUAUCUCAAUUAAAUCUGCAAAAUGAUAAGGGAUCGAAACGUUUUAAAGUAAAAAACGAGCAAUCAAAUUAUUCUUUGCGUAAAAAACGAACAGCAAAACAGAACAAAAACCGGAAGAUGAAAACAAUAACUAAAAAUAAAAAACUCAAAAUAUUAAGCAAAUCGAUAUCUGUAAAAAAAAUACCAAUAAAGCAAGUUUCUUAUAUGAAACAAGGACAAAAUUUUCGGGAUGACAGGUCGUCAUCACAGAUCUUAAAAAUAAAAUCGUCAUUAGGAGUGUGUCAAUCAGAAACAAAUGAAAAUUAUGAAAGCGAAUCCAUUGAAAAAGCAUAUCACGAAUUUCUCACAACAAAAAUGUAUUUAGGUAAAGAUUAUAGGAGGCAUCAUAUAAUAGAUUAUUUAAAAGAAACUGUACCUAGCUUAAUAAAUAAGGAAUACUUCGAGGAAGAGGUUCAAAUUUUUGAAGAUGAAAGCAAUAUUAAACUUGGUUUAACUGAAAGGCUCAAUAUACUACAAAAAUCACAACAAAAAUGUUUGUGCGCCAAAAAUUUAGCAAAAAGUUUUAAUUGUGACAUUGAAGAUAUUCACAAAACACUAAAAAGGCAUAUAAAAUAUGUGAAGGAAUGGGAAGAUAUUAAAUUAUAUUCCCCACAUUCCUCAUUUUCAAUAAAAGAUUUAGAUACAAUAUUGUAUUUAUGGACUUCCGAAUGCACAAUUCAAAAUUAUCCUAUAACAAAAAAUUCAAUAAAGCAUUCAGCUCAUCCUAUUGCAAAAGUGUUGGAUCUUGAAAUGUUUAAAGCUUCAGAUUGUUGGUUAGAUUAUUUUGUAAGUAAGUACGGUAUACAUUUGAAAAAUGAAAGCCAAGAAGUCUUAGAAUUAGCUGCGGAAGCUAUACGCACAGUGAAGAUAUCAGAUGUAAUAAAAAAGUACUCACAAACUUUAUCACAGUCUAUCCAAGAAAAAUUUCUUUCAAAUAAUAAUAAACCUUAUACCUACAAAAAAAAAAUGAAAGUUUAUGAUACAACCAAUAAAAUGUGUAUUAAAAUUAAAGGAAACAAUAAAACUAUCUCUGAGCAAGCAGAAAUUCCUGAAAAAUUAGAAGUAAACCAUUUAAACAAUAACUCAAUACCCCCAAAAAAUAAUAUAGAUAUAAAACAAGAACCAGUUGUUAAAAAUUCCCAAACAGAAAUUUUACCAAAGCUAAAGUCAACUUGUAUCAAUGAAAUACAUCUGAUUUCUUCCGAAAAAUGCAGUAUUAAUUCAAUUUUGAAACAAAAUCUAAAUUCUGUUAGUAACAUAAAUAUUAAAACUGAAAACUAUUAUUCACCUGAAACAUGGACAACACCAAAUAUUGCCAUCGAAAGCUACGAGCAGGCUUUGAAAUAUUUAAAACCACUUGAAGAGUUUGUAAUGUUAAAAUCAAAUUUUAGAGCGAUAAAUUAUCUUAACUGUUUACAAAACGUUUUAAAAGAAUUAAAUAAAUGUUAAAUUAUAAAAAUAAUUUUUAAUAAUUUUACACGAUCACGCUUUAAAGAUUUAUUUAAAUAAAAGUAGUAACAUAACAAAUGUAAAUGU